AUGGCGUCACCUGCUGUCUCAACGCCCUCAUCUGCGGGCUCCCCUGCAGCGAUUGCUCCAGCUCCAGCUCCCCCAACCCUCGCGAUCAAGAACAUCAAUGCUGCGAAUAUGAAUGCCUGCUCUCCUCCUGCUGGUACGACGCCUACAAUGGUGACCCGCAAAGAAUGGAUCAUUCCGCCACGUCCGAAGCCAGGUCGGAAGCCCGCCACUGAUACCCCGCCGACAAAGCGCAAAGCCCAGAAUCGAGCAGCGCAGCGUGCUUUCAGAGAGCGCCGUGCUGCGAGAGUAGGAGAACUGGAGGAACAACUCGAAGAGAUGAACAAUGAUCACCAGAGACGGGAGGCGGAUCUGCGGAGCAAGAUUGGCAAACUGGAGGCUGAAAUCGAGAGGUUUAGUGGCGAGAUACACUCUUGGAGAGUGCGUUGUGAUACCCUGGAUCGGAUCGCGGAGUAUGAGAGGAAAGAGAAGGAGGCUGCUCUUGCGGAACUGGUAUACCUGCGGAAUGGUGCGCAAACGACAGGCACCGAUGCUGUUCCGCUACCCCCUCGACACCUUCGACAUAGCGAACCAAGAGCUGCCGAGCCUGAACAGUAUUCCGCCCGUGCUCCUCAACCAGGGCCGGAGCCAGAGCAUCUUGGUUGCGGUUCAUGUACCUCUACUAGCAACUGUGCCUGUGUUGAGCAAGCCAUGGUUAUCUCGUCCUCAGGCUGUGGCAAGUGUACUCCAGAUACCCGCUGCGAGUGUUUGGAGGAAACUAUCAAGGCCGUGAGUGACAUAUCCCAGAUGGAGCUGAAGAGGCCGAUCUCGCCCUCGGCAGAGCAGUUCCAGGAAAAGCGCCAACGGUAUUCGGAGCCUUCUACACCGCUAGAAAUCGAUUUCACGGCACAAUUUUCAUCUAAGCCGAUACAAGGGCAAGAGAUUGUGAUCCAUACCAAUCAACGACCACCGGGAGAGUCAUGUGGCUUCUGUGAAGACGGUACUUAUUGCAUGUGUGCUGAGGCUGCAGCUAUCGCUGCCAACGUUUCUCAUCAUGACCGAGAUGUGGAAAAUCGAUUGGCACCUCUCUUGAACGAAGUCACUCCCCCACUUUCCGACACCGAUACCGAUGGCCCGUCUAGAAAGCUACCUUCCCUCCAACCAAACCACAUGCAUCGCCCUGUUGUUUCCUCGGCUCCCUCAAAUCCCUGCGUCAAUGGCCCCGGUACGUGUCAACAAUGCCAGUCUGAUCCCAAGUCCGGGCUCUUCUGUCGAUCACUCGCCGCUAUUCGCGCAUCAGGUGCUACUGUGCCUGACGGCUGCUGUGGAGGCAAUGCUGGGGGUGGUGGAUGCUGCAAGUCACUACCUGUUGCCCCCCCGUCUCAACCACCUCCCAGCUUGUCGUGUGCGGAGACGUACAAAACUCUCGCUACACAUAAAAACUUUGAUCAAGCUAGCGAUGAGCUGAAUACCUGGCUUGGAAGACUACAUGCUACUCCGCCUGCUCACCCUGGACGAGCCCCCAUGGAGGUCGAGGCCGCGAGUGUGAUGGGCGUAUUGAAGCUUUUUGAUCGUCGGUUUGGCCGAGGUUGA